CUCUUUUCUCUCUCCAUUUUCAAACUCAACAACAACAUCAAAAGCAUCAACCUUCUUCAUUCAUACCUCAUUUCUUGAGCAUGUCUUUCAGUUUCACUGACCUACUUUCUAACAGCAAUAGCUUAACCCUGGAUGAUGAUCCUUUUGGACUUGAAUUUGCUAACACUUUCAAACAACUUCAACCUCUCCCUUCUUAUUCUGAGUUCCCACCUGGUUUUGCUCCAACAACACAGUCAUUGAACUCACCCCUCUUGUUUUCUUCUCUAAAUGUUCCUGCAUCUUACUCAACUGAGUCAUCUUCCAGCAUGAACUUCAACAUGAGAAACAGUUCAACUGUGGACCAGCUAGGAAACAAGGAGGAAGAGAGAAACUACUCUGACUUCUCUUUCCUAACAAAAGCAAACCACGUGCCUCUCUUUCAAUCUUCCACAAGCAUGUUUCAAGUGGAGCCAUUAAAGAAACAGGACACAAUGAUAUUCAAUGAAGCUGCAAAGCAAACAGAUUUCUCAUCUGAGAGGACAGAAACAAAAUCUGAAUAUGCAACAACUCAGGGCUUCUCCACAGAAGUUGUCUCAAUCAAACCUGAAAUACAAAGCAAUUCUACUUCUGGGUCUGUUCAAUUUAACUCCAACAAUGCUUUUAAGUCCAUUAGAAAACAAGGAAAAUCAGAAGAUGGGUACAAUUGGAGGAAGUAUGGAGAGAAACAAGUGAAAGGAAGUGAGAAUCCACGCAGUUAUUACAAGUGCACUUAUCCAAAUUGUCCAACAAAGAAGAAAGUUGAGAGGUCUUUGGAGGGACAUGUUACCGAAAUAGUAUACAGGGGAAGUCACAAUCAUCCUAAGCCACAUAAUAGAAAAAAUGGCUCUCAAUCAAUGCAUCAAACUUCUUCAUCCUGUACCAUCUCUGGGAUUUCAGAUCAGUCUAUGGGAGAGGAAGACUUUGAGCAAACAUCACAAACUAGUUGCUCUGGAGGUGUUGAUGAUGAUGACUUUGGUCAUGAGGCCAAAAGAUGGAAAGGAGAGAAUGAAAAUGAUGACUAUUCUAAUUCCUCAGCUGGGAGUAGAACUGUUAAGGAACCUAGAGUUGUGGUUCAAACCACAAGUGAAAUUGACAUACUAGAUGAUGGAUAUAGGUCGAGGAAAUAUGGACGGAAAGUGGUCAAAGGAAACCCAAACCCAAGGAGUUACUACAAAUGCGUUGCCCCAGGUUGUCCAGUGAGAAAACAUGUUGAGAGAGCUGCAAAUGACAUGAAAGCUGUGCUAACAACCUAUGAAGGGAAACAUAACCAUGAUGUUCCUUUAGGACGAGGAAAUGCAAGCUAUUAUAGAGCUUCUCUAAACAACAACACCAGCAAUGUAACAGCACCUGCCCCAAUAAGGCCUUCAGCAGUGAAUAAUUAUUCUAACUCAGUAAAUUUCAUCAAUUCACUCCCAGACACAAAGCUCUCAGCAUCUGCAAAUCAAGAAGCUGUUCCGAUGGACAUGUUGCUGAGCCCUGGAAGCCUAGGAUUUUCGUCUAAUGACUCAUUCCUUCAGUCUUUUUUUUCAAAGAACUUCUAAAUUUGGAAGUGGACACUUGAACCUUACACGUGAUAAUAUUGCUGAUAUAGUGUUUGUGUAUAGCAUAUAGGAAUAGAAUAAGAAAAUCAUGGGAAUCUACUAAUUUAGUGUACUAAGAUUAGAGACUAGAACUGCAGUAAAGCUUGACAAAAGUUAGGCCUUAUUUCAACUUUCAAUUUAGUAAUAGGAGACACAGAAAACGUGUUGACUUUGAAUUCCAUUAUUCUUUUGUUGCUUCUGUUUUAUAACGAAUAAAAGGUUUCUUUUG